CACAGCCCCGGGCCCCACCCACGAUGCACACACGCCCAACCCCGCGCACACACACGCACGUUGGAUACCAUCUCUCUCAUCUUCCUCGAUCCCCUUUCUCCACCCCACGCUGCCGCCAGAUUUCGGCGAUCCUCGCCGUUCCCCACCGCCCAGCUCUCCUCCCCGAGGUCACCUCUCCCAGCUCACCAUCUCCACCGACCGGUUUCUCUCCUCGCCCAGGAGAGUCCCACCUCCUCACCACCAAGGCCGCCGCCGCCCGCCGCCUCCUCCUCGAGCGCCGCGCCGCAGACCUCGCCUCCCGCGCCCUCGCCGCCCGCGCUGACAUCGACGCCACCCACGCGCGCCGCCUCGCUGUCGCCCGCGACAUCAGCUCGACCAACGGCGAGAUCGAGGACGCGCAGCGAAAGGCGGAGGAGUGGGACCGCUUCUACGAGUCCAAGAGGAAGGAGAUGGAGGAGUUCCGGCCGUCGUCUCCACAGCCUCCAUCCACCCCGGCCGCAGCCACUUGUCAACCCCACGAGCAGCCUCCUGGCCUAGUUCCUCGUCACCGUCCUCCUCCCGGUCCCUGUCCACCUCCGCCUCCACCUGGUGGUCCCAGAGGCGACGACUCCCCGUCGCCUCGGCCGCCGGUUAAGUUCAGCGUGGAGGCAGCCCUGCAGGAGCUGCAGAGCAGCAGGUUGCACUCGGACGACGCCGGGAUCGGGGCUGCGGAAGCCAGGAAGGCCGACCUCAUGGCUAAGAAGGCCAAGCUGGACGAGACCCUGGCUGCAGCCCGCCAGUUCAGAGCACUGCUUCGGCAGCAGCUCCAGAAAGCCUUCGCGUCACAGGUUAGGGAUCAAAAGGCAGCACAAAACUGACUAGUUAUAUGGUACAAGCAAAAUGACAUUCAUUAGCUAGCUCCUCAAUCGCUUCGUAUUAAGUAUGCAAUGCAAGUGUGGCGGGCUACCGGACAGUAACAUAGUAGUACAAAUGUAGUGUUACUUUUAGGCAAAUGUUGAGCAAAUUUUGAACUAAUGGAUGAGUUUCGUGGGACGACGCGGGCUUCCACUUGCACUCCUCCUACUGAUGAAACGAACUUCAAAUGUCUCUACAUGCAGAUGCAUGCUUUUUUAUUUCAGUCUUGUUUAGAGGAGGCCCCGGUGGCGUCGAGCUGCUGUUGCUGUGGGCAUAGCGACGUCGGCGUGGUCAGGAUGGUCGCAGCCCUUCAAGAUUCUCAACGGCGGCGUCUCGGCGCUGAUGGCGGAGUCGACGACGAGCAUCGGCGGGUACAGGUUCAGAUCAUCCAUGAUUGGUAGUUAUUGGUCAUAUUUAGUUGCAUUUUGGUCAGUCCGGUUGUGGCUAUGGAGCACUUCUUUUGGUCAUGUGCUAGAUCUGUCAUGUAGGAGUAUUUGGCAAUGGAUAUAUGCUCAUACAGAAUUUUGAUAAUCAACUAGGAAUUACAAUUAGAAUCAAAGCAAUGCUACUUGUACUCCUUUCAUGAAAAAAGGCUACUCGUAGGACCCUUGUAGGAGACCAUCCUCAAGAUCGACGAGAAGAUGAGGUCUGGACCCUUGUAGGAGACCAUCCUCAAGCAGCUCUAGAUAUGGAGUAGGAGGACGAGCAGCAGCAGCAAAUCAUCCUGAUGAUGACGGGGUGCGGAAGGCAAUGGUGAUCAUGCUGAUGGCAUGAAGAAGGCUGAUGACAACAACCUAGACCUGUUGGCAUUUAGAGAUGGCAAACAAAGGUGGCAGACAACAACCUGGACCACCCACCUCCCUUGCCUUUAGUUAGAAGGCGUCUCAUGAAAAUUAUGAAAAUUGUAGAUAGUUGCUCCUUGAUUGAUUGUAUUUCUUUGUUGCAAUCCAUGAUAAAUUCACCCCAUUCUUAUGAACAAAAUAAAGCUUUUACUAAACAUAUUGUUGAUGCUAUGAUGAAAGCUUUUGAAGAAAAGUUGAAA